AUGUCAAAGAAAUUUCAACUUGUGAAUUUUGAUGGUCAAGGACCAUCAACUUCUAGAACAGCCAAGAUUGACUGGAAGCUCUGUAUGCUAUGCCAAGAACAUACGGCAGAGUCAUUGAGAUGUCCUUUGCAGAACACACGAGCAGACAAGGGGAGUGGAUACACUUCACUUGCAGAGCAUUUAAUCCAGUUUAAUGAAGUUGGCCAGCUCCCUUCAACUUUGGCAAUUGAAAGACUCGAUGAGGGUCAUGGUAUUGAAGCUGCCAUGGUUGCAAACAAAGCUCAACACCAUCAUAAAUGCAGGCUGAUGUACAAUGAGAUCAUGUUGAAAAGAGCAAAAAAGAGAGCAUACAGCGAAAGUCCUGAUCAACAGUCAGAAUCCAAAGUCAGAAGGUCCCAACCAAGCCAGACUCCUGAAAUGAGACAGGACAUCUGUUUCUUCUGCAAGCAGCCUACUGGCAAUGAAGGCCUUCAUGAGGCUGCAACAUUUCAGGUGGACAAUCAAGUGCAUGCUGCUGCAACCCUACUUCAAGACACAGAAUUGCUUGGGCAACUUAGUGCUGGGGACAUGGUGGCCAUUGAAGCAAAGUAUCAUACCAGAUGCCUAAUUGGUCUCUAUAAUCGUGUCAGACGGGCAAACUUAGAAGGUCUUGAGGGUAAUGGCCAGGGACAUGCAGCAUCAACCUCUGGUGUUGUGUUAGCUCAGUUGGUGCUUUAUAUAGAAGAGACCAGACAGCAUGAUGGGUCAGCACCUGUAUUUAAACUGUCUGAACUUGUCCAGCUCUACAAGUCACGGAUGGAACAGCUAGGUGUAGAGGUUGAUAGCAGAGUUCACUCUACACGGCUGAAAGAGCGACUUCUUUGUGAAUUCCCUGAUAUGCGAACUUACCCCAAGGGAAGAGAUGUCCUGAUGGCCUUUAAAGAUUACAUCCGCACUGCUCUUGCCAAAGCCUGUGAGCAGGAUAACAACGAAGAUGCCAUGCACAUUGCACGUGCUGCACAGAUUGUCCGACGUCACAUCUUUGGUGAGGCCAAACCACAUAAUGGUUUUCCCGAAAAACGCCAGAAGGACUCUGUCCCACAGCUGUUACUUACCCUUGUAAACAUGAUUUUAGAGGGAUCUAGCAUCAAAGACCAGAUGGAAGACGCAACAUCUUCUGCAGCAGGACUUACAAUUGCUCAGUUGCUGAAAUCCAACAGUGUUAAGCACAAGCGGGCACCAAACACCACAGCUUUCGUCAGACACAGUACUGCACAGGAGAUGCCAGUUUCAUUAUACAUAGGACUGAUGCUGCAUGCCCACACACGGAAGAUGAGCUUUGGUUGGCUUUUGGAACUGGGAAGAAUUUCAGAUGCUUGGCAGCCCAUGAAAUUGCAGCAGGGCUAG